GCAUUUCGGUGCGAUUCCAAUCCCCAAUUGGGUAGUCCAUUUCGUGUAUAUGCGAAUCACCAAUCAAAUAAUAAAACCCCGACCUCUCAAUUCUUUUCUUCGUCCAAUCCCAUCCUCACUUCAGACUUCUCCUCCUCCUCUUCUUCCUCAACGUCGUCCUCAACGUCGGCGACCUAAACAAUACUCCUUGGUCCAUCGGCUAUCAUAUCUGGUGCCACUCUUCACACACAGCUCUCCAUCGUGCGUUCAUCAUUCCGUUACAUUGAAAUCUGGUCUAGACCGUUUACCUUUGUUGGUGUUUCACCUUUUGUCCACAUCUAGAUAUCUUCCGCACCGCCUACAAACUUCUUUGUUUGACUGCAUUUAAAGCCCAUCAUCCCCCCACGCCUUCCCCGCACUUCCUUUCAACCACUCAUGGACGCUCACUUCGACGAAGCCUGGUGUCCAGUCUGUGACAGGCAAAUCAUGCCUAAGCGAUAUACAGUACCCGUCCUCCCACAACCUCAAGAACUCACACCUGUCCCCACGUCAUCUCCAGCUUCCUCAUCUCCGUCGAAAAAUCAACAGAGUGACUCUACUGCCCGCACUUCCCGAACGAAAUCGGGCGCCGUUCGCGCAAAGAAUGGCCUUUUGCAAGGCACCGGUCGCGUCAAACCUAAUGGUGCAAUAAAGCGAUCCGACUCAGCCACAGCGGCAAACAAAGGGCGUGCCUCGUCGCCUCAACCUCAACAACCCGUCGCACCUGUCAAGCACCGCACGAUCAUCGACCAGGGUCCAAUUCCUCUUUACUGCUCGGAUGAGUGUCGUCUCCAAGACUUGGCAAGACUAAAUGGCGCUUACCCACUCGAUUACCACCCUGAUCGCUCAUCACCACCUCUUCCUCGUGUACCUCAUAAUUCUUUCGAGAGGCGAUAUUGCGAAUCAGAAGACGAAUCCACCAGUGCUUCCGGAUCGUCACUUGAUUCAGGGUUUUCAUCUUCCCCACCAUUGGUCACCGUCUCUCGCAGUAUGGCUACCCUCGCCGCCUUGUACGAUUUCCCUCCCUUACCUCCUGCACCGCCUAUUUUGUCGCCGGUCGAUACCACCUCUUCAUCGGAGCUCGAGUAUCACAAUGAUUACCAGGGGGGGACAAUGAUGGCAAGCAAGCGUAUCAAGGAUGUAUUAUGUCCACCACGCCCAAAACCUUCGCUGUUUUACAGCGAACCGGCUCAACCUAGAAAAACAGUUCCUGGUUGGACCGACGGCGGCGAUGAGUGGCGCCAGUCAGUGUAUGGUGGAUACUCCAAACACUCGGACACUGCAUCAGUUGGGUCUCAGAAACCCCAGACCUCAUUUGCAGCUUCAUCACAUCGUGGUGUUCAAUGGACUUCGACACUGUCGCAGUCAAACUCAUCUAGUGCUCUUGCCGCGCAGUGUCCUACCUUCAAUCUACCUCCUCGUUCGAGUCAGUCGUAUAGCGAAGAGUUGUACACUAAAUAUUCCCUUCCUCUUUCUCGCCGAUCAGAGUCACGGAUGUCACUUUUCCCCCACUCGGCGUCUUCCUCCGCACAAUCUCCUCCGCUGUCUCCUACUUCCACAUCUUCGUCUGGUCGUCGUCGUCGUGAAGUUCCUCUACUCAAACGAGGCGCGGAGGGUCGUUUACUCGUUCCUGACGUCAUACUCACUCGAAACAACUCGAGCAUGGGUGUGUUGUCGCAGCGUCUUGCGAAACCUUUGAAGCGGCACCCCAGCGAAGUUAGCGAAGACAGUAUCUUGAGUGAUACCACAUCUGAAUCGCUUGGUUCCUCGUCCCGACCUGCACCACAAAUUCGCACAUGGUCAUAUGAUAACAUCAAGACUUACCCUGUGAUGAUGCCUCCUGCAAAGAAGGAGAAACGCAUCGAGCAUCGCAUGGUUGAUGGCGAAGUCAAGGAGGUUGAAGUUGAGGUUGAAGUUCUCCAACCCUUGAAGCGCCUCUUCCUGUUCCCUGGCAAGGAAGCAAUCCAAGGAGGACGAUCCUAAAUGGCACGCGCAGCCAUCGUCCUUGUCUGUUUCUCGAACAUUCCAUCAUACCCUGUAUUUGCACGGUCGCAGCUCGACGACGGCCAUACCGCCACGUUCACGACGCAUGCCCAUUACUUUAUCGAUUCUAC